UGCAGAGCUGGAAUUACUCUGUAACAGCAACAGUAAAGCCAUAGCAGAUUGCAAAGUGAUAGCAGCAGACAACAGUGAGCAACUGGUGUCUAUACUGGUUGGGUUGAAAUUAGCUCCAGUUACUUCAAAUGUGCUUUGGGAAGCAGUUUUUAAUCUUUGUAUUAGGCAUUCGCAUUGCACUUUGGCUGCACGGAGGUCGGAGAGCUUGCAGCAGGACCAUGUGGUGAAGCAAAGCUGGAUUCCGGGACGUUGUGCACCACGCAAGUUCAGUGUGGAGGGCUCGUGUGACUAUCCCAGUCAGAGAAGGGAAAUAAAAGUCGAAGUCGGUGAAAGAAAGGAGGAAUCCUGUAUUCCUUGCUGUUCUGUAUCUUGUUGGAGAUCUUCACGUUGCUGCUACUGCAAGUAACUCUGUAGCUGCUUCUGCUCCUCGGCGUCUGCAGGCAGCGAUUGUGCCUGCAUCUUGCGAUUUUUAUCCUCCACUAGCUUGAGAUGAAGUAUUUGCAGCAGGGGCUUGAUUGUCGUCACCUAUAACAGGAGAGAGAGAGAGACAGACUUGCAGCCGGAGAAAUUGCUUCCUUCGGAAUCCCACCACCGAGUGAUUUACUUCUCUCAAGAGAAUUGUGCCCACUCAAUGAACAAGAUUUCAGAUGCAUGCCAGGUUCCCACUGAAUGCCAGAAGUAGAGAUCACUACAGAUGGAGCCCCAAAGUCAACAUGGCAGUGGCGGUUCAUUAGUUGUAAUCCAGCAGCCUUCCUUGGACAGCAGGCAAAGGUUGGACUAUGAAAGAGAAAUUCAGCCGACAGCUAUCUUGUCAUUGGACCAGAUCAAGGCCAUAAGGGGCAGCAAUGAGUAUACCGAAGGCCCAUCUGUGGUGAAAAAGUCUGGUCCCCGGACAGCACCAAGACAAGAAAAGCAUGAAAGGACUCAUGAAAUUGUACCAAUUAAUGUGAAUAAUAAUUAUGAGCACAGACCCAGCCACUUGGGACCCGUGGCACACCAACAUAACGCCAGGGCUCCUGUGUUGAGCAGAUCGACUAGCACUGGAAGUGCGGCUAGUUCUGGAAGCAACAGCAGUGCUUCUUCAGAGCAGGGGUUGUUGGGCAGAUCGCCCCUAUCUAGGCCAGGUUCAAGCCACAGAUCUGAAAGGACAAUCCGGACGCAGCCCAAGCAGUCAUCUUUGAUGGUAGAUGAUCUGAAGGGUCCCUUGAAAGAGGACUUGACGCAGCACAAGUUUAUCUGUGAACAAUGUGGGAAGUGCAAGUGUGGUGAGUGCACAGACCCGAGGGCCUUACCUUCUUGUUUGGCCUGCAACAGGAAGUGCUUGUGCUCUGCAGAGAGCAUGGUGGAGUACAGCACCUGCAUGUGCCUGAUCAAAGGGAUCUUCUACCACUGUUCCAAUGAUGAUGAAGGGGACUCGUAUGCGGAUAAUCCCUGCUCUUGUUCCCAGGCACAUUGCUGUUCUAGGUACCUGUGCAUGGGAGCAAUGUCCUUGUUUUUGCCUUGCUUGCUCUGCUAUCCUCCUGCUAAGGGAUGCCUGAAGCUGUGUCGAGGGUGUUAUGACCGGAUCAAUCGUCCUGGUUGCCGAUGUAAGAACUCCAACACUGUCUAUUGUAAACUGGAGAGCUGCCCGUCUCGGAGUCAGGGGAAGCCCUCAUAAUUUUGGAGGGAGAUUUCACUUCUUCAAACACUUGCUUUCAGGUUGUGGCUAGUUUUCUGUUGGUGUGGGGAUUUACCCCCACCCUCCUUCCCUUCCUUCUCCACUUUAUGUACCCAAGUUCUUUCCUUUGCACCCUUCGUAUCCCCUCUCUCAACUCAGACAGGUGUGGAGUAUUUUACUCAGUCAUGUUUAUUUCAGUCUUUGGUAAGCAUGGACCGUGUGCCUGCGUUUGGCUCCUCAGCUUGACAGGGCCUCUUAGGUUUGUAAGUAAUCAAUACAUGAAAGAGGCAGUGAGGGCUAAUGGGCUUCUCUGCAGCCUUUGCUCUGCAAACAACUUCCCCAAUGUGUCCUUUUGUUCUCUGCAACUGUGUGUCUUUUUGGUUCCAAGAAAUAAUUCUACCUUAUUUAAUGAGCAAGCUGGAUUAAUCUUGAGGGGUUUGGAACCGUAGAAAAUAUAAGGCUGUCUUUUACUUAAUACUGCUUUUCCCUCUGUUUCCCAACCCUCUUUGGAAUUGUCUCAGUCCAGAGACUGGCCUGGCUGGUACAUUUUUUUUUUUUUCUUUUAAAUGUAGUUUUGGUUUUUACUUCACUAUAUAGAUCUUCACAUUGGAGACAUUAUGACUGCAAUUUGUUCAUCUGUUUCUCUUGCUUUCAAAUCUGUGAAGGACAUCACCCACUCCACCUCUUUCCCCAUGUUUCUGUGGUCAUUGAGAUCCUUUUGAUACUGAUGUUAAAGUUGGUGUUUGCAUAUCUGAAUAAUUUUCAGGUGUCAUUGAAUUAAGUUACCUAAAUUUUCCUGGAUCUUUAACACUUCACUUAUUCUCUUGGUUAGUGAAUUUAGCUCUGCCUUGUGCUUCAUAACUUCAAUGUGUUCCAUGUUUUAUUGCCUUAGCCACAAAUUGUGGUCUUUUUUUUUUGUAUAUUUUAUGUAUAAAACACAAAGUUGAAUUCUGACUAUUUUUAAGACAAAAAGUCUGUUUAAAACUUUUUUUAUUGUAAAGAAUAUUUAUUAUGUGAAUCUCUAUUAUUUUAUGAUAUUUAUUGCAAAGGACUGUUUGAAAAAUGUACUCAUGUCUGAAUAUAACAAAAUAUCAAUACUUAACAAAAAUAAGGGUGACACAAAGAAAGUACAUAUGUUAACUAUAAUGCAGAAAAUAUAUUAAUUAAUGAAAAUGUCUCUUGAGUUUUUCAUUUUAAUAUACUGGUAGGUUGUGUUAUGAUUUCCAUGUCCAUAUUGCUAUAAGUGUCUUGCUAUUUUUUUUUCUCCUUGUGCACUGUCGGGGUGGUUGAAUAACCAAUACUGUGAAGACACUAGUAUGUGUUCAUCUUGUUUGCCUAAUUCUGGUGUGGAAAAUUCAUUAUCAAAUG